AUGCGAUCAGCACCCCCUCCCCGCCCCCGCUACCAAGGGCCAUGCUGUGUGAAUAGAUGUAACAUCUAUUUCUUCUUCUUCAAAAAAAACAACUCUCAUCCACACUCAGCACCGCGUAGGCCAACUAUCAUCCACCCUCCACCCCACACACCUACUCUAAUCCACCCUUCCACCCCACACACCUACUUUCAUCCACCCUUCACCCCACAAACCUACUCUCACCCACCCUUCACCUCACACACCUACUCUUAUCCACCCUCCACCACACACACCUACUCUCAUCCAUCCUCAACCCACACACCUACUCUCAUCAACCCUCCAGCCACACAAACCUACUCUCACCCACUCUCCAACCCACACACCUACUCUCACCCACUUUCCACCCACACACCUACUCUCAUCCACCCUCCACCCACACACCUACUCUCAUCCACCCUCCACCCACACACCUACUCUCACCCACCCUCCACCCACACACCUACUCUCACCCACCCUCCACACACACCUACUCUCAUCCACCCUCUACCCCACACACCUACUCUCACCCACCCUCCACCCACACACCUACUCUCAUCCACCCUCCACCCCACACACCUACUCUCAUCCACCCUCUACCCCACACACCUACUCUCACCCACCCUCCACCCACACACCUACUCUCACCCACCCUCCACCCACACACCUACUCUCACCCACCCUCCACCCACACACCUACUCUCACCCACCCUCCACCCACACACCUACUCUCAUCCACCCUCCACCCACACACCUACUCUCAUCCACCCUCCACCCCACACACCUACUCUCAUCCACCCUCCACCCACACACCUACUCUCAUCCACCCUCCACCCCACACACCUACUCUCACCCACCCUCCACCCACACACCUACUCUCACCCACCCUCCACCCACACACCUACUCUCACCCACCCUCUACCCCACACACCUACUCUCAUCCACCCUCCACCCCACACACCUACACUCACCCACCCUCCACCCACACACCUACUCUCAUCUACCCUCCACUCAACACACACCUACUCUCAUCUACCCUCCACCCAACACACACCUACUCUCACCCACCCUCCACCCACACACCUACUCUCAUCCACCCUCCACCCCACACACCUACUCUCAUCCACCCUCCACCCACACACCUACUCUCAUCUACCCUCCACCCCACACACCUACUCUCAUCCACCCUCCACCCAAUACACCUAUUUUCAUCUACCCUGCACCCAUCAUACUUACUCUAAUCCACCAGUCCACUCCCCACUCCUAAUUUCAUCCACCCUCCACCCAUCAAACCUACUCUUAUCCACCCUUCCACUCCCCACACCUACUCUAACCCACCCCAACACCUAA